UACGACAAACGGCGCCCAAUUGUGUGAUCAUUACGCGCUCUACUUGCCAAUCGGGCAUAUAGUCGGCCGCCUGGCGUACACGUUCAAAAGCUUUAGCCAGCUGCGGUGACACCACCUUAGAAUCCUGUAUACUUAGUAUUUGGCCGAUUUUCAAUGGUGCACCUUUGUUGAUGAACGUGGUAUGUACACAUACCGGGACCGUAUUCGACGCAUGUGCGAACAGAAUAAAUCUUCAUUUGUUGUAUCCUACACGGAUUUGGCAAAUAAAGAGCAUGUACUUGCGUACUUCCUACCUGAAGCACCUUUUCAAAUGCUAGAAAUCUUCGACAAGGUGGCUAAAGACAUGGUCUUAUCAAUAUUUCCAACAUAUGAACGUGUUACAACAGAAAUUCAUGUUCGUAUAUCAGAAUUGCCUCUUAUAGUAGAGUUACGGACUUUCCGGAAACUCCAUCUGAACCAGCUGGUGCGUACUUUGGGCGUGAUAACAGCUACAACGGGUGUGUUACCUCAACUUUCAGUCAUCAAAUACGAUUGUGUGAAGUGUGGCUACGUUUUGGGGCCCUUUGUACAGUCACAGAAUACAGAAGUUAAACCUGGCUCCUGUCCUGAGUGUCAAAGUGCCGGCCCUUUUUCGAUUAAUAUGGAACAAACAUUAUAUCGGAAUUACCAGAAGAUUAUCUUACAGGAAUCUCCUGGUCGCAUUCCCGCUGGUCGGAUUCCGCGUACUAAGGACGUAAUUCUUUUAGCGGAUCUUUGUGACUUAUGCAAGCCGGGUGAUGAGUUAGAAGUUACUGGUAUUUACACAAACAACUCUGAUGGUUCGCUAAACACUGAGCAAGGGUUUCCGGUUUUCGCCACCGUCAUUAUUGCGAAUCAUAUCGUUGUGAAGGACAGCAAACAAGUAGUACAAUCGCUUACGGACGAAGACAUCCCUACCAUUUAGAAGUUGAGUAAAGAUCCUCGGAUUGCAGAAAGAAUAAUAGCUUCAAUGGCCCCAUCCAUAUAUGGCCACGACUAUAUUAAACGCGCACUUGCGCUGGCUCUAUUCGGUGGAGAGUCUAAAAACCCCGGUGAUAAACACAAAGUUAGAGGCGACAUAAACUUACUUAUAUGCGGCGACCCAGGAACGGCAAAAUCUCAGUUUCUUAAGUACACGGAAAAAUAUCGCCACGUGCAGUUUUCACGACCGGACAAGGGGCCAGUGCUGUAGGCUUGACUGCUUAUGUUCGUCGAAAUCCAAUAUCGCGUGAAUGGACUUUAGAGGCAGGCGCCCUGGUACUGGCGGAUCAAGGUGUAUGUCUUAUUGAUGAGUUUGACAAAAUGAACGAUUAGGAUCGAA